CCAGAAUUGCGUCCCUCUUUUCCGCUCUCAUUUUCACUGAAUCUAUUCAAUAAAAUCCAGGCCCAUUGGUUGUUCCGCUGCAAUUUUUCCAAAUCUCAUCUGAUUUUCUUCGUUUAGUUGGAUAAUUUUCCUGGGAAAUCAAUUUUUUUAUAGGCUAUUGAUCAUAGUGUAUUAUUAUUACCAGUUCAUAGAUUUUCACACUUUUGUUUUCAUAAAAUCUCAGCUUCACAUCUCAAUUUCGAAGCUACUUUCAAUCAGUUUCGGCAUGUGUGCUAGAAACUCUUUAUACACUAACCCCAAACCCUGCAAACACCUAGCUGAUUACAAGCUCAGACAUGGCUUCAAUGGCUAUGAUUCCCUCCAAAAUUGCCUCAAAAUCACACCUAAUGGAAGAGCUAGAGUUGAUAAACACAACACUAAAAUACCCAGAUGCAAUUUCUGUAAUGGAAGUCAAGGUAGACUUUACAUUUGUUUGAUUUGCUCUGCAAUCUCUUGUUCAAGCCACAUUCUUUUGCAUACCCAAUCUGAGAAGGGCCAUGAGGUAGCUGUUGACAUGGAAAGAUCGGAGCUUUAUUGUUGUUUAUGUCGUGAUCAGGUCUAUGAUCCUGAUUUUGACAAAGUUGUAGUGUCUAAGCAAGUCAAGGACUUGCCUGGCGGUAGCAAAAGCAAUGGUUUUGAGGGGGGUUGUGACGGAUCAAGCAAGAGAAAGAGGUUAGAUUCAGGGAUAGGAUUGGAUUUGAAGAAAUCGAAGCUCUUGAUUACGAUGAGAGAUCGGAGGGCGAAAUCGUGUUAUCCGUUGGGAUUGAGGGGAUUGAACAAUCUGGGGAGUACUUGUUUCAUGAAUUCUGUGUUGCAGGCUUUGCUUCAUGCCCCUCCCUUGAGGAAUUACUUUCUCAGUGAUCGGCACAACAGUUUUCAAUGCAGGAAAAAAUCUGGUGAAAAGGUCUGCUUACUUUGCGAUAUCGAUGCUCUUUAUUCGGCUAUGUUCUCCGGUGAUCGGACCCCAUAUAGUCCAGCUCAGUUUCUUUAUAGCUGGUGGCAGCAUUCAUCGAAUUUGGCUAGUUAUGAGGAGCAGGAUGCUCACGAGUUCUUCAUUUCGGUUUUGGACGUGAUUCAUGAGAAGGAAAGCAAAAUGCUGAACUCUAGGAAAGAUGAUGGAUACUGCCAAUGUAUCGCUCAUAGGGCGUUCUCCGGGUUGUUGAGAUCAGAUGUCACAUGUAUCUCCUGCGGGUUUACUUCGACAACUUAUGAUCCUUGUGUUGAUAUUUCACUCAACUUGGACACGAGUAUCUUGUCUCCAUCCGAUGUAGCUAACAAACCCAUUAAACCAGAUGAGAAGACGGGUGUUUCUACUCUUUCAGGUUGUUUGAAUUUGUUUACAGGAGCAGAGAAGUUAGGUUCUGAUCAGAAACUCCAUUGCCAGAAUUGUCAAGAACUACGUGACUCGUCUAAGCAACUUUCUAUUAGAAGGCUCCCAUUGGUGCUGUGUUUACAUAUAAAGAGAGUCGAGCACUCUUUAGUCAGAAAAAUGUCGAGGAAAAUCAAUCAAUAUUUGCAGUUCCCUUUCUCAUUGGACAUGACCCCAUAUUUGUCGUCCUCCAUUACUAGAAACAGAUUUGGAAAUAGAAUCUUUGCUUUCGAAUACGAAAACUCCGAUAGUUGUGCAGAAUACGAGAUUUUUUCUGUGAUUGCUCACUCGGGAAUGCUGGAAUCGGGUCAUUACGUGACUUAUCUGCGACUAAAGAACCAGUGGUACAAAUGUGAUGAUGCUUGGGUAUCCGAGGUUGAUGAAGGAAUAGUGAGAGCUUCACAGUGUUAUAUGUUGUUCUAUGUACAGAAACCACUUUUCUACAAAGCAAAUGAGGAUACGAGAUGCGUUCGUAUUUCCCCGCGCAGAGAUCCGUUCUCGUCUACAGCCGGUUGUUCCUCUAAUGCAAAAUAGUCAUGCAAGCAAGGCUAGCUAAAGAGAGUUCAAUCAACAGUAUUCUUUGAAGGAGCCUUGUGGAACAAUAUCAGAGAAAGGCUGAUAAUCAGAAGCAGAUAUCCAUGUAGCAACUUCCAUGGCUGCUGGAUGUGUCCCAUGACGGGAUUUUCUUACAGUGAUCCUCUACAGUUAUUGCCCAAAAACAGUGAAGACAAAUCAAUAUUUUUUUCAUGUUGGCUCUCAAAAAGAUUCUUAGUCUGAAUGUUUUUUUCUACCGCCGGCAGUCAUGCACAGGUAAAUAGUUUACAACAUUACAUUGU